UGUAUCUAAAAUUAUGUAUGCAAUAGUUGUUGAUAAAUAUGAAUAAAUAUAAUAAAUAUAGAUUUACUUAAAAAGAAGUAAAAUAAAUUAUAUAUAUUAUCGUGUAUAGUUUAUUACAUAAAUGUUAUAUUGUAAACAUUAAAUAAUUAAUGGAAAUUAACAUGGAAAAUCAAAACGGCACGACAGUUAAAAGUAAUAAUCCUGCUCCCACAGUGGAACAAAUUAAUGCUGAUCGUAUAACUCAGCUUGCAAAUAAAUAUUGGGCACCACAUACAAUGGAUUCACAUCUUCCAUUUAAUUCUCACAUAGUGGAAGAUAUUUAUGUUCAAGAAAUAUGUGCAUCUAAAUUUUCUAUUCGAAGAAUUAUGAUGUUAGAAUUUAGUCAAUAUUUAGAAAAUUUUCUAUGGCCAAAUUAUAAUGCAAAAACUGCAACUCGUGCUCAUACCAUGUCUAUUGUUGUCAUGGUUAAUGAAAAAUUUCGAGAACGUGUUCAGGUUUGGGAAGCAUUUGAAAAAAAUCCAGAACAUUUUCCUGAGUUUUUCCAAAAAGUUUUAGAAGCAUGCCUUGAUGAAAGUAUAAUGGAUUUUGAUUUGAAAGAACAAACAGCAUUGAUUGUCUUUUUAAAUCAUUGUUUUAAUUCCAUGGAAGUAUUAUUGGUUAGAGAAGAAGUAAAACGAUUAGUGUCAUUAUCUAUGUGGAUUUCACUACAACAAGGACGUAGAGAAUUGGAGUUUAGAAAGUAUCCAAAGUGGAGAAAAUACUGGAAAGUUAUAAGAAAAAAAGACAGUCCUGAAUUUAAAGAAAGGUUAGAAUGGGAACGUAAAUUUUUACAUAAAUUGAUGAUAAAAUUUAUGACAAUAUUGGAAACAAUUUCAAAUGAAGGACCACUUUUACCAGAUAAAGUACGAUAUUGUGAGAGAUUUCUUGAACUAGUAAUAGACUUAGAGGCUUUAUUACCAACUAGACGUUUCUUCAAUACUGUUAUGGAUGACUGUCAUUUGGUAGUAAGAUGUCAAUUAUCUAAUUUAUUACAUCGUCCUGAAGGUGAAUUAUUUGGUCAGCUAUUAGAAAUGUUGAAAUUUUAUGCUAGAUUUGAAAUCAACGAAGAAAGCGGCGAUCCUCUUACUGAUCAUGACAUGACACAAUUACAUUAUACCAAAAUCACUUCGCUUCAGAAAGCAGUUUUUGCAAAAUUCUCGGAUUUACGAAGUUUUGCAUUGGCGAAUGUGGCAAGUGUUGAUACGAGAGAAGCUCUUUACAAACAUUUUGGUUUGCUCAGUCAAGAAAAAUUAAGAUCAAUUGCUAGCUAUCUCAACUUAGUACCAUCGGAAGAACGUGAGAAAAAAGAGAAUUGGUAUCGCUAUGAUAUAGAUUUUCUUCGAGAACUUCUAAUUUCACGUCACGAACGUAGAGCUUCUCAGUUAGAAGAACUUAAUGAAAUGCCACUUUAUCCAACAGAAGAAAUUAUUUGGAAUGAAAGCAUUGUACCAACAGAAUACUUUUCCGGUGAAGGUUGUCUAGCUUUGCCAAAAUUGAAUCUACAAUUUCUUACUCUGCAUGAUUAUUUAUUGAGGAACUUCAAUCUCUUUCGACUUGAAUCAACCUAUGAAAUCCGACAAGAUAUUGAAGAUGCUGUAAGCCGACUGAGCCCUUGGCGAGCCGAAGAUGGUGGUGUUUACUUUGGUGGUUGGGCUAGAAUGGCUCAACCUAUUACACAAUUUGCUGUAGUUGAAGUAGCAAAACCUAAUAUUGGUGAGAAAAGACCAUCUAGAGUACGUGCUGAUGUCACAAUAAAUUUAAGUGUUCGUAAAGAGAUUAAAUCUGAAUGGGAAAAUCUUCGAAAACAUGAUGUUUGCUUUCUUAUUACAGUUAAACCAGAAAAUCCAAUUGGUACGAAAUAUAGUCACAAAUUACCUUUUGUACCACAAGUUGGACUAACAACUGUUCGAGGAUGUGAAGUUGAAGGUAUGCUAGAUUCAAAUGGUAGAGUAAUUGAAGAUGGUCCUGAACCACGACCGAUUUUACCUGGUGAUACUCGCACAUAUAGAGUUUGGCUAGAUUGCAAUCAAUAUAGAAUUGAUAUGGAUAAUGCUAGUCAUGGUGGUGAAGAUGUUUAUGAGAGUUUUAAUAUCAUAAUGAGACGUAAACCUAAAGAAAAUAACUUCAAAGCAGUUUUGGAAACAAUAAGAGAGCUUAUGAAUACAGAAUGUGUUGUACCUGAUUGGCUCCAUGACAUAAUUCUUGGAUAUGGUGAUCCUGGAGCUGCUCGUUAUUCAAGAAUGUCAAAUGAAAUUGCAACAAUGGAUUUCAAUGAUACAUUUCUUGAUAUAAAUCAUUUAAAAAAUAGUUUCCCUCAAUACGAAAUUCAAGUUUCGACUGAGGAUGAAUCAAAAUUAGUACGACCUUUCCGUUUAAUAUUUGAAGAUGUACUUACAAAACAUAAUAAUGAACCAAUAAGGAAAGUUAUCAAAGUUGAACCUCAUGUACCACCCAGUAGGGGUCCUUAUAAAGCUAAUGAGCCAAAAAAAAAUCAGAUUCCUUUUACACCAACACAGAUUGAAGCCAUUCGUGCAGGUAUGCAACCAGGAUUGACACUGGUUGUAGGACCACCUGGUACUGGAAAAACAGACGUUGCGGUCCAAAUUAUUUCAAAUCUUUAUCAUAAUUUCCCCAAUCAAAGGACACUUAUAGUUACACAUUCUAAUCAAGCUCUUAAUCAACUUUUUGAGAAAAUUAUGGCUCUCGAUAUCGAUGAAAGACAUUUAUUACGUCUUGGUCAUGGGGAAGAGGCAUUAGAAACUGAAAAAGAUUUCAGCAGAUAUGGUAGAGUUAACUAUGUUUUAGCUAAACGUUUGGAUCUUUUAAUGGAAGUUCAAAGAUUACAGGAAUCUUUAAAUGUAAAAGGUGAUGUAGCUUAUACAUGUGAAACAGCAGGACACUUUUUUAUGUACCAAAUACUGACAAGAUGGGAACGCUUUGAAACCAGAAUUAAACAAAGACAAGGAACAGGAAAUAAUUCAUCUUCUCCUCUCUUUAUCAUAGAUGAAGAAUUUCCAUUUCAUAAAUUUUUUGAUAAUGCACCAAAGCCAUUAUUUAAACGAAAUACCUUUGAAGAAGAUCUUGAAAUAGCUUGUAGCUGUUUUCGAUAUAUCGAGCGAAUUUUUGCCCAAUUAGAAGAAUUUAGAGCUUUUGAAUUAUUACGAUCGGGUUUAGAUAGAUCAAAAUAUUUAUUAGUUAAAGAAGCAAAAGUUAUUGCUAUGACUUGUACUCAUGCUGCCCUUAAAAGACGUGAACUUGUAGAUAUGGGAUUUAAAUAUGAUAAUAUUCUUAUGGAAGAAUCUGCUCAAAUUUUAGAGAUUGAAACCUUUAUACCAUUAUUACUACAAAAUCCUCAAGACGGAUACAAUCGAUUGAAACGUUGGAUAAUGAUAGGAGAUCAUCAUCAAUUACCACCAGUUAUUAAAAACAUGGCCUUUCAGAAGUAUUCAAAUAUGGAGCAAUCUCUUUUUGCAAGAUUUGUUCGAUUAGGUGUUCCUACAGUUGAUCUUGAUGGUCAAGGUCGUGCAAGACCUAGUAUUUGCAAUUUAUACAAUUGGCGUUACAAAAAAUUGGGUAAUCUCGUACACGUAGAAAAUAGUCCAGAGUAUUUAGUGGCAAAUGCUGGAUUUUUAUAUGACUUUCAACUUAUUAAUGUCGAAGAUUUUAAUGGAGUGGGUGAAAGUGAACCCAGUGCCUACUUUUAUCAAAAUCUUGCUGAAGCUGAGUAUUGCGUAGCUGUAUUUAUGUACAUGCGCCUUCUUGGUUAUCCAUCUGAUAAAAUAAGUAUAUUAACCACUUAUAAUGGACAAAAGCAUUUAAUAAGGGAUGUUAUAAAUAUAAGAUGUGCUAGCAAUCCAUUGAUAGGUCGGCCAAAUAAAGUAACAACGGUUGAUAAAUAUCAAGGUCAACAAAAUGAUUAUAUAUUAUUAUCUCUUGUAAAAACUCGAGCUGUAGGUCAUUUACGAGAUGCACGUCGAUUAGUGGUUGCUAUGUCAAGAGCACGUCUAGGCCUUUAUGUUUUUGCUAGAGUGUCGCUUUUUAAGAAUUGUUUUGAAUUGACACCCGCAUUUGCUCAGUUGAUGCAACGACCAUUAAAACUACAGCUUCUCCCUCAAGAACAUUAUCCCACCGAAAGAUUUAACGAUACUAUUCCAUCUAUUUCAACAAUGGAGAUUGAGGACAUGCCACAUAUGGCUAAAUUUGUUUACGAUUAUUAUAUAGAAAAAGUUAGUGGCAUAAAAGAAUCACAAAAAGUAUGGCAAAAACCGGGUAUGGUGCAAACACCUAAUAAUCCAUCAUACAAAGUUCCUGCUCAUCCUGGAGCAGAUGAUGAUACAGAUGAUGAAGAACUUAAUCAAAUGGAUGAUCAACAAGAAAAUGUUAAACAAGAAAAUAAUGAACCAAAACUUGAACUAAUUAAAAAUUUGAUUGAUGAACCAAUUUCAGAGAAUGAAGAUAAUGAUCGUUAA